CAGCCCCAUCCGGGCCACUCCGCCAGCCUCGCUGGCCUCCUGCCCCUGGCCACCCCGGUGUGCCGGGGCCCACCGCUCUGCAUGCCCGUACACCCAGUCUCCUAGACUGCGGCCAGCCAAUGCACACCCGCGUCUCUUAGGCCGUGGCCCAUCGGCGCACUGCCCCCCAUCUCCUAGGCCACGGCCCACCUGUGCACCGCCUCCCCCCCCCCCCCCAGGCCGCGGAGCACCUGUGCCCCCCACCCCUGUCUCCUAGGCUGCGGACCACCGGCGCACCAUCCGUCCCGGUCUCCUAGCCCGCGAACCGCCUGCACACCCCCGUCUCCCAGCCCGCGGCCCACAGGGGACAGACAGGAAAUGCCUGCCGCCAUCUUGUGCGCCGGGAGUUUCAAAAUGGGGCUGCGGCUCCUGAGUGCUGCCCUGCUGUUUGUGGGCAGCGCUCUCCCGUACGCAGCACACUACUCACUCUCUGAAAGGACUGGACGCGGCCCCUGGCAGGAGCAGGUGGCUGCCCCGGGGUGGCCUGAGGCCCCGCGAGCAAGGCGGAGGGCACCCCAGGCCCAGGAGGAGGGAGCAGCAGACGAAGAGGAUUGUGGAACAGCACCACUUGCAGAUGCAUUGAAAGGGUCUCGGAUUAUAGGGGGCACAGAAGCUCAAAUUGGUGCAUGGCCAUGGCUAGUUAGCCUGCAGAUCCAAUCAGGCAAAAUUCUUGCUCACAUAUGUGGGGGAAGCUUAGUGAAAAGUCAGUGGGUCCUCACAGCUGCCCACUGCACUAAGGACACUAGAGAUCCUUUAAUGUGGAGAGUUGUGAUUGGAACUAAUAACAUACACGGAGGUCCUCCAUACUCCAAGAAGAUAAAAGUUAAAGCAAUCAUUAUCCAUCCAGAUUUCAAUUUGGAAACUUACGUAAAUGAUAUUGCGCUUUUUCAUUUAAAAAAAGCAGUGAGGUAUAAUGACUAUAUUCAGCCUAUUUGUCUACCUUUUGAUGUUUUCCAAAUGCUGGACCAAAACACGAAGUGUUUUAUAAGUGGCUGGGGAAGAACAAAAGAAGAAGGUAAUGUUACAGAUGUGUUACAGGAAGCGGAAGUACAUUAUAUCUCUCGAAAGAUCUGUGAUUCUGAGCAGAGUUAUGGGCAAAUAAUCCCUAACACCUCAUUUUGUGCAGGUGAUGAAGAUGGAAUUUUUGAUACUUGCAGGGGUGAUAGUGGUGGACCAUUAAUGUGCUACUUACCAGAACACAGACGAUUUUUUGUAAUGGGAAUCACCAGUUACGGAUAUGGCUGUGGUCGGAAAAAUUUCCCCGGUGUCUAUUGUGGGCCCUCCUUCUACCAACAGUGGCUGACGGAUCACCUCUACCGGGCAAGCAGUAAAAGCAUAUUUAACAUAAAUGUUCUACUUGGACAGGUCCUCAUAGCCUCAGGUUCUGUUGUCUUACUGGGAAUCCCAUAAUGAAAUUCUGAAGAAUCUUUAUCUUGCGUCGUGUCCCUUUGCAUGUUCCACCUAAUGAAACCCAUUUAUUCUUUUGGCAAGUAAUUGCCCGCUUGGCACUUCUCAUGUGAACGUUUUUUUGGAACAAAAGGAUUGUGACAUAUUAGAUAUGUUUUCAUAAAUUUGGCACUGACACGCCUCUUUGAUGUAUUUUGAUUUUUUUUAACUUUAUAAUCAUAAUAAUUUUGCAUUUGGAAUACUUCCCUAGAGUGUGUAUAGAAUAUUCAGUUAAAUAUA